AAAUUGUUUUUGAAAAGAUUUAGAAAAUAAUUAUUUCUAUCAUUAUAUUUAAGAUUUAUUUAUAAGUUUAUUUACUAUAUCAACAAAAAUGCCAAUUGAUUUAUAUUUAAUGAAUCUGAGUCCUCCGUGUCGAGCGGUUCUCAUGGGUAUCAAACAUCUUAAACUUGAUGUCAAUGUUAAGACAGUUAAUCUCAUGGCUGGCGAACAUCUGAAGCCAGAGUUUUUGAAGCUAAACCCGGCGCAUACCGUUCCCACACUUGUCGACAAUGGCUUCUCAUUGUGGGAAAGUCGGGCUAUUUUACAAUACUUGUUCUCGAAGUACGCGCACAACAGUCCUCUAUAUCCUACUGACCUCCAGAAGCGGGCAACGAUUGAUAAACUACUUAAUUUUGAUCUAUCGCUAAAUAGUUCAAUAUUUGGUGCAGUGACUGGAAAAAUAUUUCGAGGAAUAGAACCAACAGAACAGUCGAUUACGACAUUCAAGAAUAAUCUGAAACUAUUGGAGACACUGAUUGGUGACAAUAAGUAUGUGACGGGUAAUGAGCUGACCAUUGCUGACCUGUCUGUGUUGGCAACGCUUUCGUCACUUUUGGUAAACGAUUUCAAAGAUUUAGAUGAAGUGCCAAAAGUUAAGGCAUAUAAUGAACGACUGCAACGGGAACUUCCCUAUUAUGCCGAAGUGCAUACCGGUGUCGCUGAGACACUCAAACAGUUUAUUGCUUCCAAAAAGAUUAUGGCCAUAGAACUAUAUAUGAUGCCAAUGAGUCCACCAUCCCGUGCGGUGCAUAUGUUAUUGAAACACCUGAACAUUGCGUUUAAAAUUAAAAAUAUUGAUUUAAGAAAUGGUCAACAAUUUGAUGCUGACUAUGCAAAGAUAAAUCCUGUGAAAAAAGUGCCCGCAAUUGUCGACAACGGCUUCAAUGUAUGGGAAAGUCGGGCAAUAAUGCAAUAUCUAUGUAACAAAUACGCGCCAAACAGUAGUCUCUAUCCCAUUGAUAUUCAUAAGCGUGCAAUUGUUGACCGACUACUAUAUUUUGAUACAUUUUAUUAUCAAUCACUUAGAGAAGCACUGAUAUUAAAAGUGGUGCGAAAUGUUGAUCCGACACCCUUUCAAUUGACAAACUAUAAGAACACUAUUAAACAAAUGGAUCAAUUAAUUGGUGACAAUAAAUAUCUGGCCGGCAAUGAGCUCACCAUAGCUGACAUCUCGGCUUUGGCUACGAGUACUGUAUUUUGUAUCAAUGAUUUUGAGGAUCUCAACGAUAAUGUGUCACAUCUGAAGUCGUGGUACAACAGAUUGUCUCAUGAGUUGCCAUACUUUGCUGAAGUAAACGAACCCGGAAUUGCUUUAUUUAAGAAAUUUAAUACCUCAGAUGAAUCAUUGACUGGUAGCUCAUUGUCAUUGACUGAUUCAUAUAAGGAAUGUGUUUAUGUUUUCCAAAUGUCAAUAUCACGGGUACUGACAUUCAGAUAA